AUGGAAACCAGUUCCUUAUCUUUGUAUGAUUCAAGAAAUGAUUAUUCAGAUGAGAUUUGCAGAUUGAAAACUUUCCUGCUUGCACCAAAACACAUUCAUCUUGUUCAAUAUAAAUUAAGUGCUAAUGGGUUUUAUUUUACUGGUAGAAAUAAUUUGAUCAAAAACUAUUUCUCUUCAAAUGUUCUUCCUUUUGAGGAAAAUUCUAAAGUUAGUGAUCACCAGUUCAGUGUUGAGUUUCAACAGGCACAGGCUAAGCACAGGAAUGGCGAACCUGAUGAUAUUAGGUACACUCGUAAGGAUAUCCCAACAAUUUAUGGUUCCGGGAAUAAUUUCAUGGAUGAAAAUGUUCGCCUGAGAAGUUUCGUGCUUGCUCCUCCACAUUUGUUCAAACUGAGAGAUGGUCUGGUUAGGAUGAGGUUUUAUUACACUGGAGAUGGGAGCAAACUAAAAUGUUCCUCCUGCUCUUAUGUUGUUUCAGUUGGUGACCAAUCUGCAUCAGCGAGUAUGGUUGCUGAUCUGAAACACGAAUGCAGAUAUGUGAGGUGA